AUUUUGCACAGUUGUGUAAAAUCUCUGGCUUUCUUCCCCCUUUAGCUCCUUCUCUCUCUGCUUCUCUCUUCCCCAUUUCUUCUUUCCUGGAUCUUUCAACACAAUCUCUCCAUAAAUCAUUCCAAAAAAAUCAUAAUAAUCCGUUGAUUCUGUGUUUUUUAAACACACUUCUCUCAAAUCACUCAUUUAUACCCUUUUUUUCAAUUGAUCUGCAUUAUAAACGGUUCUUGAUUUGAUCACAUCUUGAGAGAUUGUUAAAAGGGAAAGAUCCUUUCAUCAUAUAAAGAAGUGGGUUUGCGCUUAAAAAGUCCGCAACAAGAAGCAGGGGAAGUGGGAGGUGGCAAGGACGGGGCAUUAAAUGAGCAACAGCUGAUUGGUCUUGUAUUCAAAAGCUGUCUGUUUAGAGGAAGUUUGCCCUGCAAGUUUCCCUGUGGGCCUUCUGUCUAUUUGUGCUUUAAAUUUCUUGUUUUCUGGUGUUUAGCUACAAAAUAAGAAAAAUGAUGUUCUAGUUGCCAUUUAACGUACAAAGAAGAUGGCAUUUCGUUCCGAGGGAGCACAAACGGAGGAUUACCUUUUCAAGAUUGUUUUGAUUGGUGAUUCAGCUGUUGGGAAAUCAAAUUUGCUUGCUAGAUUUGCUCGAGAUGAAUUCUAUCCCAACUCAAAAUCAACAAUAGGAGUAGAGUUCCAGACCCAAAAGCUGGACAUAAAUGGGAAGGAGGUCAAAGCACAGAUAUGGGACACAGCAGGUCAAGAACGGUUUAGGGCCGUAACUUCUGCAUAUUACAGAGGCGCAGUCGGAGCUCUUCUGGUUUAUGAUAUUAGUAGACGCCAAACUUUUGAUAAUAUUGGUCGAUGGCUUAACGAACUUCAGACUCAUUCUGAUAUGAACGUGGUUACAAUACUCGUUGGCAAUAAAUCUGAUCUGAAAGAUGCGAGGGAGGUUACCACAGCUGAAGGCAAAUCCUUAGCGGAGGCACAAGGUCUAUUCUUUAUAGAAACAUCAGCUUUGGAUUCUUCGAAUGUAGCUGUAGCUUUUCAAACAGUUGUUAAAGAAAUCUAUAAUAUCUUGAGCCGGAAGGUCAUUCAAUCGCAAGAACUCCAAAAAAAGGAUUCCGGGCGACUGGCAAAUGGAAAAACCGUGGUUUUGCAGGCAGACGAAAACCAAGAAGCAGAGGCACAAGCGAAGCAAGGCGGAUGCUCUUGUUAACAUCUCUUUUCUGCCCUGUUGUAAUUUAAUAUCUAUUGUUGCUUUUUGAAAUAUUAUGGGGGGAAACAAAAAAGUUAGACUUCAUUCUGUGCUAUGGGAAAGCAAACUUCCAUUAGAAAAAAAAAUGUAAAUUAUCCAAAGUGGAGAAGAACCUUUUUUUGA